UCACACUUUUUCCUGCUAGUUUUUUUGCAGCCUCUCAUUGGUCCUCUCGUCUGUCAAUCAAAAAGCCUGUCGCGGGCGCGCGCAGUGACAGCUGUCAUCGGGGGCGCGCGGCGGAGCGGGUGCACAAGAAGAAAAAACAUCAAAUACCUUCGCUUACGUAUAAUGGCCGCUGGCUCGAGCUCCAUGAGGAUUCUCAUUAAAGGCGGGCGGGUCGUUAACGAUGAUGUCACUCAGGAGGCGGAUGUUUACAUCGAGAACGGGCUCAUCCAGCAGGUGGGGCGGGAUCUGAUGGUUCCGGGCGGAGCCAAAGUGAUUGACGCGUCGGGGAAGCUGGUGAUUCCAGGCGGCAUCGACUCCAGCGUUCAUCUGCAGCAGACCUUCAUGAACGCAAACACACAGGACGACUUCUAUAGCGGCACCAAGGCGGCGCUGUUGGGCGGCUCGACGAUGGUGAUCGCUCACGUUCUGCCCGAGAGAGACGCGUCGCUGCUGGAGGAGUUUGAGAAGAUCCACGCUCGCGCCGACGCCGAGGCCUGCUGUGAUUACGCGCUGCACGUGGGCGUCACCUGGUGGGGACCCAAGGUGCGCAGGGAGAUGGAGGUGUUGGUGGGAGAGAAGGGCGUGAACUCCUUCCAGAUGUUCAUGGCGUAUAAAGAUGUGCUGAUGCUGAAGGACUCUGAGCUCUACCAGGCGAUGCACACCUGUAAGAACAUCGGAGCCGUCGCUCGCGUCCACGCUGAGAACGGAGAGCUGGUGCACGAGGGGGCAAAAGAGGCGCUGGAUCUGGGCAUCAGUGGUCCGGAGGGGAUGGAGAUCAGUCGACCAGAGGAGUUGGAGGCAGAGGCCACACACCGAGCCAUAACCAUCGCAAACAGGGCUCACUGUCCAGUGUAUUUGGUGAAUGUCUCCAGUGUGUCUGCUGCUGAUGUCAUUGCUGCCGCUCGGAUGCAGGAUAAGGUGGUUCACGCCGAGACCACGCUGGCUCAUUCUGCGCUGAGUGGCAUGCAUUACUAUCAUCAGGACUGGGCUCAUGCCGCCGCCCACGUCGUAGCUCCACCCCUCCGGCUCGACCCCAGCACCCCCGACAGCCUCAUGGGCCUGCUGGGCAAUGACAUCAUCAACGUGGUGGCGUCAGAUCACCGCGCGUUCAACACCAAGCAGAAGUCAAUGGGGAAGGAAGACUUCACCAAGAUCCCUCACGGAGCGGCCGGCGUGGAGGACCGCAUGAGCAUCAUCUGGGAGAGAGGAGUGGUCGCUGGUAAGAUGGAUGAAAAUCGUUUUGUGGCUGUGACGAGCUCGAAUGCGGCUAAGAUCUAUAAUCUGUACCCGCGGAAGGGCCGCAUUGUCCCCGGAGCCGACGCUGAUGUGGUGGUGUGGGACCCGGAUGCCAGCCGGACGAUCUCGGCGAGUUCUCAGACUCAGGGCGGAGACUUUAACCUGUACGAGGGCCAGUGCUGUCACGGCGUCCCGCUGGUGACCAUCAGCCGCGGUCGUCUGGUGUGUGAGAACGGCAUGUUCACCUGCGCUCCGGGCUCCGGGAGGUUCUACCCCAUGCGAUCCUUCCCGGAUUUCCUCUACAAGAAGAUGGUCCAGAGAGAGAAGACUCAGAGGCUGCGUGGCGUGGAUCGAGCGCCGUAUUCGGGCGACAUCGCUGCCGUAACCAACUCUAUCCGGAAGGAAUCCGCUACUCCGGAGGGCGACGUUCCCAUGCGGGCGUCUACGCGACACUCGGGCGUACGAGACCUGCACGAGUCCAGCUUCAGCCUGUCAGGAGCUCAAGUGGACGAUCACAUUCCUAAGAGAUCCUCGGCCAGAAUUCUGGCUCCACCUGGUGGACGUUCCAGUGGCAUCUGGUAACCGUGGAAACCGCAGAACCGUCUCCACGGCGACCCCUUCCUGUCCUCCUACACGUGUGAUUGAAACUAUUAAAUAUCGAACUGGAUCGAAUCGCAGUCAGCGUCGCAUCCAAAGUGCCAAUUCAGCUAAACUCAAACUGUGCCACAUUACGAUAAAACCAACCAUUUUUGCCAUAAUAUCCUCGCAUUUCCUUCUUUUGUGAAACACACAAAAAAGGUAUUUUGAGGAAUGUUGGAAACCAAACCGUUUUGGGCCCCAUUGACUUCCGUAGUAUUUUAAGCAAACAAAAAUAUGUUCCAGGAACGUUUUGCUAACGUUUCUGUUACGUUAUGAAAACAUAACUGAAUGUUCUAUGAACGUUUUUAGUUUUUUUUUUAAACAUUUAAAAAUAUUUUCAUUUUCUUGGUUUUGUAAAUGUUAAAUAAAACGUUAGGGUAACAUUUCAUUAUAUAUAUAUAUAUAUAUUUUUCAAACAUUAUGGGAACGUUACUGUUGAAUGUUCUCUGAAACAAGUAUAGUAACAUUUAGAAAACGUUAGACAAACGUCCAACUAAAACGUUUAUUAACAAUGUAUAAAUAAGGUUUUUUGCUAACGUUUUGAGACCAGAACAGUGAACAAACGUUCUAUUAAUGUUACUGGAGAGAACGUUCUCAGAAUGUUUCCUGUUAGCUGGGAUACUAUGGAAGUCAAUGGGUACCGUCAACUGUUUGGUUCCUGACAUUCUCCAAAAUGUGUCCAGCAGAAAAAAAACACUCAUACAGGUUUUAAAUGACAUGAGGGAGAGUAAAUGAUGAGAGAAUUUUCAUUUUUAAUUCACUCGUGUUGGUCGUUCUUCACCAGAUCACUGUUUAUAGGUCAUGAUUUUGCCAAAAGAGUAAUGAGGAGGAAAACCGUAAUGAGCUAAGUAUUAAAAGUGACUGCAUAAUUCAAGUAUAAAUGUUUUUCUAAUACAUCUAGAUACACAGAAUCUAGAAUAACAGUCUGUGUAAAGCAAAACCAAGUGUGUUUUUCCCUCCUGCUUCAGGAAACUCUUGCGCUGAGAAUCAUGUCACAGAUCCACCUGCCCUCAUUUAAAGACACCGCUCAACCAAAGAUGAACUUUAGCUGAAAAUGUGCUCAUCCCAGAUCAGGAUGAGUGUGUUUCUUCAUCAGGUUUGUAGAAAUGUGUCUCUGCAUCAGUGUCUCAGCAAUGGAUGCUCUGCAGUGAAUGGGUGCCGUCAGAACGAGAGUCUGAUAAAAACAUCACAGCACUCCAGUCCAUCAGUUAACAUCUGGAGAAGAAACAAAUCCAGCUUUAAGAUGUUUAUAACUAAAAUGCAUAGAGUCCAUAAUCCAUAAUAACGCUUCCUCCAGUGAAAAAGUGUUCUGGUCUGAAUCAGGAGAGAAAUCUGCAGAUCAAGCACCAAAAUCCUCCGCCUCAUUAUAAACAAAGCAUUUAUUUAAUUAAGCUCCAAAAAUGGCUUGUUUGGAUCCGAGUUGCAGGGUGACGUCACCUGGGCGCAGUCAUUUGCAUAAACUCCGCCUCCAGAGCAAGACAUUGACGAAUACCCUUACGAAAAAGAAGUUUAUUCAAGUGUGCUAUUAGUAUACUUCUUUUAAACAAAAAAAAAAUAGGAAAGUAUACUUUGUCUUCUUUUUACGUACUUCUCAGAAAUGACAUUUAAGUAUACUUGACUUAUACUUAGAAAAAGUCUAAAUUUAUUUGAGCUAUACUUGUGUUUCGAGGAUGUUUGCGUUGUUAUAUGGUAGGGGGCGCAUUCAAGUGCUUAUAAAAAAAGAGUGCAUGAAGCUUGAAUAAAAUGUUUCUGUUUACAAGCAGAGUCUUUCUUUUGAUGUUUUGUAUGUUCAGAUAUUCAUAUACAAAAUAUAUACCAAUUAAUACCUAAAUAGGGACAUAUUAGUAUACUUAAAGUAUGAUGUAAAGUUCACUUAAAGAAAACGUACGAGUAUACUUACAGUAUAAAACUACUAAACUAGUAGUUUACUGAGACUAUACUUCAAAGUGAACUAAAGUAGUAAACUAUCAGUAUACCUAUAAGUUCACUUUUAGUAUAGUUGCAGUACAAGCUAAAAACAUUGAUGUAAACUAGUUGUGUACUCAAAGUUUACUACUGUUAUACUCAAAGUAUACUUAAUGUAUACUUUUAUAUACUAGAAAGUGGGCCAAUUUAGUUCCAAGGAGUGUUGAAAUAGUACACGUAUGAGUAUACUACUAGUACACUGAUAUUUGUAUACUUACUACAUAAAGUAUACUUAAAAAUAUAUUUGAACUUUACUUAAGUAUACUUAAUAAAAUAAACUUGAAGUAUACUUCUUUUUCGGAUCGUGUCGGAGGAUUUUGUUUUGUAGUCGAGGCACAGAGUUAUGAUUUCAUAACGCUUUGUCUGGAAAUGGCCGCUUUAUUUUGAUCAUGUUGUCAAAAAUAAUAGCGAGGGGCGUUGAUACUGUUUCCUAUGCAGUGACGUUAGCCAAUCAUAACAGCGGCUGAUUACUAACGAGCCUAAAAGGACACGCCCCUUAAAACAGGCCGCUUUAGACAGAGGGUCAGAAUUAGGGUAGAAAAUAAUCAUUUGUUUGUUUUGUGUGCAAAAAACAUUAUUAACAUUAUAAGUAAACCUCAAGGAAAAUAUUUAAACAAUAAAAAAAUCCAUGUCAUGACUCAUGACAUUAGUUUCAGCUUUUGUCUUCUCCAGAUGUUAACUGAUGGACUGGAGUGCUGUGAUGUUUUUAUCAGACUCUCGUUCUGACGGCACCCAUUCACUGCAGAGCAUCCAUCACUGAGACACUGAUGCAGAGACACAUUUCUACAAACCUGAUGAAGAAACAAACCCAUCCUGAUCUCAGAUGAACUGAGGAUGAACACAUUUAAAGCAGAUUGUCAUCUUUUUCUGAAGUGUUGUUUUAACUCUCUCGUGCACUGAUGUUAGUGUUUGUGUUUAUAGUGAUGAUGCCCAGAUAUGAAUAAAGUGUCUGUGAAAUAUCUAUAUUUGACAUGUUUAUAUUUCUAGAAGCUGUAUGUUGUUAGUUUUGCUGGUCUUGAUUGUGCAGUAAUGAAAUAUGUAAAGCGUCAGUGACCCAGUUGUCAGGAAAUGUUCAGUUGUGAUUAUUCUGCUGACGGUCAGAUACGAUCAGAUGAGGAACUGGACUGACCUGAUCUGUGAAAUCAGACAGCGUUCAGCUGCACAUAUUCACUCAAUCACAGAUGUAUAAAGCUCCUAAACGUGUUGAUUACGUCUGGUUUGUGUUAUUCGUGUGUUCAGCGUGAGCUAGGGCUGUUUCAAUUGGUGCUGUUUUUUUAAAUGAAGGAUUUUCAUCGCAGAUCUCAGUUUAUAUGGUUUACGUGGGUUUUUUUUAAUUACUUUUUUUUUUUUUUUUUUU